AUGCAAAGAAUUGUGCAGAGUACAUUGUCGGCCCUGCAAAUGAAUCGACGUUUGUCGGGGUUUUCUUCGCAGGACGACGCUGAGGCUCAGAGACAAAUCCAGCAGAUGGUGAAGUUCAUUUUGAACGAGGCCCGCGACAAGGCGCAGGAGAUCGAGGCUCGCUCGCUGGAGGACUUCAACAUUGAAAAGCUGAAGCUCGUGCAGCAGAUGAAAGACAAGAUUCGCCAGGAAUACGAAAAGAAGGCGAAGAAGCUCGAGACUCAGAGAGCCAUCGAUCGCUCGACUGCCGUCAACAAGGCGCGACUGCGUCGCAUUGCGGCUCAGGAUCAGGUUUUGUCUGAGGUCUACAACCAGGCUCUUUCCCAGCUCUCCACUGUCAGCCAGGAUUCGGGCAAAUACCAGAAACUGCUUGAGGACUUGAUUGUCCAGGGUCUGCUGCGUCUGCUGGAGAGCGAGGUCAUAGUUCGCUGCCGCGAGAUGGACAAAGGCCUCGUGGAGGCGGUGAUUCCGAACGCCAUGAAGAGAUACUCUGAGAUCAUGCGCGACGAAGCCGGGAUCAACAAGAGCGUCAAAGUGACACUCGACAAGUCUGGGCGCUACCUGCCCCCGCCCCCGUCGACGGACAACGCGGGGAUGUCUUGCUGUGGAGGCGUUGUGCUGAUGACUCGAGACGGCCGCAUCAGCUGCGACAACACCUUCGACGCGCGUCUUCGAAUGGUCAUUAUCGAGUGCGCGCCGACGAUUCGCACGACCCUCUUCCCGAAUCAGCACUAA